GAGAGACUGCAGCAUCGCUGGAGAUCAGCAGCAGCAGUAGUCACAAGCAGUGCAGGUGAGAGAAAAAAAAACAGAGGCAGAGGAGGAGGAGGCGCAUGUGGAAGAGAGAGAGAGAGAGAGAGAGAGAGAGAAUGCGGGACUCUUGGAAAAAGACGCAUCUACACUCUCAGUCCAUCACCGAGACACCAUCCCGAACACAGGAUGUUUCAAAGGAUUACACUAAACUGAUGCCGGUGCCGGGAUCUUUUCUUUGACUCACAAAGAGAGGCUGUCAUUUGCUCUUUUAGUGGUUUUUUUCCAAUUGUUAUUUUAAUUUAAGAAUAAAACAUGAUGAGAAACUCGCUCUGAAAAGCACUGUUGUCUCCUCGUAACUUGCGUGAAGGAAUCCCACGGCUUGGCACGUUGCUCCACUGCGGGAAAAAGGGAAAACCGCAGCUGGAUCUGGAGGUAAGAACAGAUCCAGCAAAGCAGCAGCAGCAGCAGCAGCAGCGCAAAAGACUUUCUUUUCUUUCAGAUUCAAAGUGAUUUUUUUAUUUUUUUUUUAUUCCUCUUUGAGGAUGUGAGUGAUUUUUUUGUUCCGCGGCGUCCGAAGAGCAGAGCAGAGCAGUGUGUGGUGUUUUCCUCCCUCUCCUCUCUUUUGUGUAGUGGUGCUGCAUUGCAGUUUUUAACUGUGAAAAACGCGAGAAAAGUCGUUGUCCCAAAUGUGACUGGAAUAAAAAGCACUUCCACAUGGCAUUGUAAAGUGAUAAGCGUGCGGCAGCGGGACAGUUGUGCGGUUUACACGACACGGCGCAGUGUGAGGAAGAGUGAAGUGGAUUAAUUAACAAGGCUGGUGAAUUAGUUUCUUUAUUUCUUUCGCUGCAAGAUGGCUUUCUUGAUAUCAUUAUGGUGCGAACGGCCCCGCACGGAAUUAGUAUUAUAGAAGUUGUUGUAAAAAAAAAAAAGGAAAGAAAUCUCGAAGAGCAGGAGGAGGAUAAAGGAAAGGAGACUGCAGCGCUGAAGUGAACUAAAGUGCAGAAGCUUUUCCCCGGACCUCAGGCGGCAGUCCGCAGAGAGCGAUAGGGAGAAGGCAAGAAAGGAUAAAUCAAACACCCACGCUGUGAGGUAACCUACACCACACCACAAAACACCAAUAAAGCAGAGACAAGCCGCAGCUGGGAGACACACAGAGCAGGAGAAGGAAAGAAGGAGCCAUGCAGAGGCUUGGUGCAGUGCACUCCUCCGCGACGCAGGCUCUCAGCCUCGUGGUCUUAGUCUUGCAGCUGCUGACUCAGCCACCGGGUGCAGACUCAGCUCUCCGGUACCGGGUGGCAGAAGAGGGCCCUCCUGAUGUCAAGAUCGGCAACGUGGCCACUGAUCUGGGCCUCACGGCGGGUACAGGCAGCGGGGACGUCACCUUUGCCCUGGAGAGUGGCUCUGAAUACUUCAAGAUUGACAACGUGACAGGUGAGCUGACAACAGGCCCACGGCGCAUCGACAGAGAGAAGCUCCCACAGUGCCAGAUGAUAUUUGACGAAAAUGAGUGUUUCCUGGACUUUGAGGUGUCAGUGAUAGGGCCACUGCAGAGCUGGGUGGACCUGUUCGAAGGCCGCGUGGUCAUAACAGACAUCAAUGACAACACACCUUCAUUCCCCUCACCUGUGCUCCAGCUCUCAGUUGAGGAGAACCGCCCAAUAGGUACCCUUUACCUCCUGCCUACAGCAACAGACAGGGAUUUUGGGAGAAAUGGCAUCGACAGGUAUGAGUUGAUCCAAGAUGGUGGAGCUGUGUCAAGUUCUACAAGGCGCACGACAGGAGGAAACCCCAUCGCUAGAGUGGAUGGACUUGGGGACCGGAGAGGAAGAAGUGGAGACAAUGGAGCAGGAGCGAGGAGCACCGUGUUUGAGCUACAAGUUGCAGACAUCCCAGAUGGGGAAAAACAGCCACAGCUCAUUGUGAAAGGCACACUAGAUCGUGAGCUAAAGGACUCAUAUGAGCUCAUCCUGAGGGUUCGAGAUGGAGGGAACCCACCGCGUUCCUCCCAAGCCCUGCUUCGUGUCUCUAUCACAGAUGUGAACGACAACAGCCCACAGUUCGAGAGGUCCAUGUAUGAAGCAGAAAUGGCGGAAAACGCUCCUCCUGGUACACCUGUACUCCAGGUCAGAGCCUCAGACCGUGACAUUGGAGUCAACGGGCAGGUGGAGUAUGUCUUUGGAGCCGCCACCGAGUCUGUCAGGCGACUCCUGCGGCUGGACGAGGCAACUGGAUGGCUGAGCGUUCUUCACAGGAUCGACAGAGAAGAAGUGGCUCAAUUGAGGUUCACAGUCACAGCCAGGGACAGGGGUCAACCUCCGCGCUCUGACCGAACCACGGUAGUGUUGGCUGUGCGGGACGAAAACGACAACGUCCCAGUCGUAGAGAUAAGAAAGAUUGGACGGAUCCCUGUCCGAGAUGGUGCAUCGUUAGUCCCUGAAAAUGUUCUGGUGGACACACCAGUAGCUCUGGUACAGGUGUCUGACCGAGACCAGGGAGAGAAUGGGGCUGUGACAUGCACGGUUGUAGGAGAUGUCCCAUUCACACUGAAGCCAGCUGGUGAAACAGCACUCCCACCACUACCUGCAGAUGAAGCCUUUGACAGAAACAAGAAAAAAUUCUUCCUACAUACUUCUGCUUUGCUGGACUAUGAAACCACCAAAGAGUACAGCGUCACCAUUGUGGCAGUGGACUCUGGAAGCCCCAGUCUGUCCAGUAACAGCUCUCUGAUGGUGCGAGUGGUAGAUAUCAACGACCACGCGCCAGCCUUUGCGCAGAAUGUUGUGGAGGUUCACUUUGCAGAGAACAACUCACCUGGUGAGAGGGUUGUCACUGUGGUAGCCACAGAUGCAGAUAGCGGCAAGAAUGCAGAGAUUGCAUAUUCCUUAGACUCUGCUGCUAAUGGGCCAUUUUACAUAGAUGCAGAUAAUGGAGAUAUCCGUGCCACUGGGGUUCUGGACCGCGAGCUGAGAGACAGAUAUGAACUCCGUGUUAUAGCUAAGGACAAGGGCACACCCCCUCUGCAAGGCUCUUCAACUGUCGUUAUCCAGGUGACGGACAGAAAUGACAACGCACCAAAGUUUGUCCAGGAAAUAUUUACAUUCUAUGUCAAAGAGAAUCUGCUUGCCAACAGCCCAGUUGGCAUGGUCACAGUCACUGAUGCUGAUGAAGGUGAAAAUGCAGAACUGAGUCUGUUUGUAGAGAUGGACAGAGCUGAUGAAAAGAAGGAAGGAGAGAAGAUGGAGGGUGGGGACGGAGGGAAAGAGCGAGGUGAAGAAGUGUUUUCCAUUGAGAACAACACGGGAACUAUCUUUUCUUCUGUAUCGUUUGACCGUGAAAAGCUUUCCACCUACACCUUCCGUGUCCGUGCUGUGGAUGGAGGGGAGCCGCGCAAAACCGCCACUGCCACCGUGUCGCUCUUUGUGACCGAUGAAAAUGACAACGCUCCCUCAAUCACCUAUCCUACCAAUGAGUCGUACACUCUCCUCCCACCUGCCAGCAGUGCUCGCACAGUUGUUAGGACUGUGACAGCCAUCGACUCAGACACUGGCCCAAAUGCUGACCUUCACUACGCCCUGGUGGGUGGUAACCCCUUCAGACUGUUUGAGAUUGGCCACACCAAUGGAGUGAUCACCCUGGCAGAACCCCUGGAGCGGCGCCACAGAGGUCUGCAUCGCCUGGUGGUUCGGGUCAACGACAGCGGGGCUCCCUCUCUGUGUGCCACUGCCCUGGUUCAUAUCUUCAUAAAUGAGAGCGUGGCCAACGCCACCCUGGUGGAGGCACAGGUGGCCCGAAGCAUGAUGGCUCCACUGUUAUUGGACAUUGCAGGAGACCCAGACAGUGAGCGUGCGCUCGGGAAACAGCGCCUCAGUGUAGCUAUCGGUGUCCUGGCCGGAGCUGCGGCGGUCAUCUUAGUGAUUCUCCUUGUCGUCACGGCUCGACAGUGUGGUGCUCAGGGCAAGAAUGGCUAUGAGGCUGGCAAGAAGGAACCAGAGGAGGACUUCUUCAGUCCUCCAGGGGCUCAACCACAUGCUGGCCGCAGUGGGGUUUCAGACCGUGGGCGCAAACCUCGCCGGGACAAACGGAAUGGAAGCGGCAGUAGUGCUGCUGUAACAGGUGGAAAGUCAGAUCGAUCACUCUACAGUGGUAUUGUCACAGUCAAUGGACUGCGCCGCCACGCCAAUGAUGACGACGAGGAGGAUCUGAGUAGUGCAAGUGAGCGCCUGGCGGCCCGCUACUGUGCUGUGGAUGGUGACCCUGGCAGCCCCCGGAUGGGUGGUGGCAGGAGGCACCAGUCAAGCCCAGAUCUGGCAAGGCACUACAAAUCCAGCUCUCCUCUUCCUGCAGUGAACCUGCAGCCCCACUCCCCCCCAGCUGAAGGGAAGAAGCAUCAGGCAGUCCAGGAGCUGCCUCCAUCCAACACCUUUGUGGGCAGUGGAGGCUGUGUGGGAAGUGCUGGCUCCAGCAGCAGCAGCAGUGGGGGCAGUGGCAAUGCAGAUGCCAUGUCCCUGGGAUCUGACCAGUGCUCAGAGUACGGCUGCCAGACUGGGAACAAGUACAACAAGCAGGGGACCCUUCGACGAGUGACCUUCUCGGUAGUCAGCCAGCCUCAGGACGGUGGCUGCUAUGACAGUGGCCUGGAAGACUCGGAGACACCAAGCAGCAAAAGCUCAUCAGGGCCACGGCUGGGAGCGCUGCCGCUGCCUGAGGAAGGAUACGAGCGAACCACGCCUGAGGGCAGUGUGGGGGAGGAGGAGCAUUUGGAGAAUGAUGCCAGACAACUGCCAGACGUAGCUCUGACAGGAAAGUGUACCCGGGAGUGUGAUGAAUUUGGCCACUCUGACACUUGCUGGAUGCCCAUGCGCCCUUCACCUCGCCAGCGCCAGCGUCAUGGCAGUGACCCACCCCGGCUCUCCACCUUUACCCCGGGAGACGAUAACAACAAUCUCCGUGGUAACGACCAUGAAAGUGACAGCGAGAGUGCCGGAAGUGCAGGGAGCUCAGAACCUGGUGUGGUUGUCAGUGGAGAAGGCCAGAGAUUACCGUUAGUCAAUGGGGAUCCUCUCGGCACCCUGGGUAGAGGAGACCGCAACAGGAACAUGGGCGAUCACAACCGCAACCUUCUCAACCGCAAGAUGACAUCGGCAUCCUAUGACACCUUUAGCAGUGCAGGCUUUGGGCGGCGCCAGCAAGAGGAGGAAGCAGGAGAGGGCCAGAACCCACCCGAGGUCAUACCACUGACUCGGACAGGAGGGGACUACAAAACCACAUCCUGUCUCACGUUGUCACGUCGUGAGGUCUACCUGUGAUAGCCUUGCAAUGGAGCACAUCUCCCUCUUCUGUAGGAGAGGGAGGGCCAAGACUUUACUGGCAAGUCAUCAUUUGGAGAGCCUUAUAAACCUGUGAAGAUGUGAACAUGUCGAGGAAGAUGUGAAUCAGAUUGGAAGUUUUGAAUUCUGACUAAUAUUUAUUGGCACUUAAACUUCAGGAAGAGAUGGAUCAACCAUUCAGUCAGCUUUGAUCACAAGUACUCUCUAAAAUAGUUUUGUUUUUUUUAAGACUACCAGAGAACAUUGCCUCUUGGCAAAUAUCCUACUAUGUCUUAGUGGAGGAGGACAGCUUCAUCUCCUCUUUUGACCUGAAUUUAAUGCAUGCCUGACCCUCUGCCACAGAGGGAUCUCUGGGAAGAAGACGGAGAACGAAACUGAGUAAAUCCUGGUGUUAUAAACGCCUUGGUACAUACAAAAACUUUCUCUGAGGCAAAAGCAAAACAUUUUUUUGAACUCAACUGAUGAAAUAUCUUCUGAAAAACCACCGAGGUCUUAGUCAAAGUAGAUACAAAGAGGCUAUGGGUCUUUGAUUGUGAUUUGGAUUUUAUUCAAAGCAAUCAACUUUGUAAUGCCUAAUCAAGUCUAUUGUAUAACAAAAUGGAAAUAUUAACCGAUGAAAGUAACCAUUUUAGUCAUGAAUUGAGAAUCACACAAAAGGUGUGUAACUGUAGAGUUAAACAAUAGGCAAAAAAAAAAUGUGCUGAGCUAAAAAAAUACAAAAAAUCAGGUCUUGUACUUUUAGAGAAUAUAAAUAUUCAAGUUGCAACAAAAUGUGACUUUUUAUACAAAUGUAACCAUUCAAAUUCAAGGUUCUCACACAGAGUCAGGCUCACGUGAAAAAUAUGUCUUUAUGUUUUUACCUUCUCGUCCAGAAUGUAUAUAUUGUAUGUGUAUUUGAUAAAACGGCAGUGUUCUUUCCCUGCUGCUGCUGUCGCCCAUUUCAGAGUAGACUGAGGUGCUGGUUUCAUGAGACACCGGCAGCAUCCUAACAGUGUUCAUCAUGUAUCAUAAACUGUUCUUUCGGACACAUGCACACACACACGCACACAUGCACGCGCCUACUCAAAACAGACCUUAGCAUGUAAACACAAACAGUGCAUCAGCAGAAUGUGAACAUGCAUUGGGCCACAGUUUAUAAAACAAGAUUAAGUGGCAGUGUAAUAUAAAGUAUAUAGUGACUUGCAUUAAUUUUCAUACAGAAAACAUUACAAACAUACACACAUGCAACAUAUAAGAACAUAAGUAAAAUAUAACCAUAUUAAAAUGUGUGCGAUGUGCAAAAUUCAUAUGCACUAUGUGUGUAUGUCUAAAUCAUCAUUUUAUUUAACAUAUCGCCUCUCAUUGAACUAGCUGUAGCAUUUGCCUGCUCCUCUCCAGCCAGUACUUAAACAUGAACUGUAUUUAAAUGAUUAUUCAUCUCUCAGACCAAUAUCUGGGGUUACAGCAGAGGGAAUUUCAAUCACAUCUACUGUAUGUAAUGAUAAACAAUGUUGGAAUAUGAGAUAUUCAGCAUACUGUAACUAGGACUCAUAGACAAACCAAAUCUCUGUAGUUUCUGUAAGAAAAAAAAAAAAGGAAAAGAAGAAAAGACUCUGCAUGAAAGAAAGAUAAUGCUAACUUUUUUCUCUCUCUUUUUUAAAACCACAUGCCUUUUUGAAUACCCUGCCUAUUUGGAUACAUCUGUACUAAAUGUGUGUCUGCUUACGGGGGAAAUUGAGAUAAUGAUGGCAGCGAGGGAGUUAGCGUCAGUAGAUUCAACUGAUGCUUCUUUUAUCACAGGGCGAGUUUGGGCUAACCUUGGGCUUUUUCUCUUGUUUUUCACACUCUAGAGUUGGCACGAAGGCUGCUGCAGGCUGAAGCAAAAAAAAAAAAAACAACACAAUGUAGUGGGAGUGCAUAGUGCCACGACCCUUUUGUCCGCGCAUUGCCGACCUCAACACACCCAUGCUGCUGUGCUGAACCGUGCGGAUAACAAACUCCUUCACAUUUGUCCUUUCUAGCAGCUACUGCACAGCUCCAGACACACUCUGCUGCACCGCGCUAAAGAGUGGGUGUAGAUCAAGGCCAGCACAUCUUAAUUCUCAUCAUAAGUGUUCGGUUCAGUGGUGUGAUAGGGAUAAUAGGGUUAGGUCGUCCCUGUGGUCUUAAUGAGCUUUCUUUCGCCGCUCUUGAUCUGCGCAGGUCUCAUUACUGUCUAGAUAGGCAAAUGUAAAAAAAUGCUAGUAAGUAAGUGCAUCACUCAAUGUGUCUUCUGGCAGUUUUGGAUCAUGAUGAGGUGACAGAGACUUGCCGAGGAUGUGCUGCAGUUAAGUUUCAUAGAUUUUUGUAUAGUUUGGAGUCAGAAAGCAACACUCAGGUAGGAUGCACAAUAGUGUUUGACCUUUAAGUAAGUACUUGUGGCUUUGGCUGCACACUGCUGCUGCUGCUUGGCUGCCCCUCACUAAUGUGUGGAAACAGUAAAGUAGGCAACACGGUCGAUUUUUCAGUCUGAAAAAGGGUGUGUGUGUGUGGGGCCUACGUGUGAUUUCAAAUUGUAUACCUGCAUAUAGCUUCGACCUUACAACUCUGUAGCUUGUUCUGGAUCCCUGAUGUACUUACUCUCUCAGCCUUCAUUAACCCCAAUUUCCCAGCAUGGCUGUUUAAUGAGCUCUGUUGUUGAUGGGACUGUGCUGACAAAACAUGUAAAGUUCACACUGAAAGGGUAUUUUGUGAGAACAAUCACAAAGUCCUGCAGGGUCCAUUCACUGAGACAGGUGCACAUUCUCUGGGAUCAAACCCUCGGAUGUCAUGGAAGGUUUUGAAGAACUAAUGUCCAGUUUGUGAGACGUGGAAGGACACUCAGCCACCACAGUGGCAGAUUAUUUUCUCAGACUGCUGUUUUAUUGCAGUUCCAUUAUGGCACCUCUCAAACUCUCCACUCUAGAUUUAAGGGAACUUGCUGUAAAUGAAUCUCUGUGUGUAUGUGUAUCUUUUUUUUUUUUUAUACUGCACGUUUAAACAUGAAUAUGUUUUAUUCUACUGCGAAGCACAGAGGGGAGACAGACGAAGAAGGGAGUCAAUGCCCGAGAUCAAGACAUUUUCAAAAACAGAUGCUUCAGUGGACAUUGCGUACCUGACUUUCCCCUCGUGCUGUUAUCCUUAUAGCCAUGUACAGAUAAAACUACACUGUAAACAUACAGCUGGAAUCCAUAACAGACAAUGGCAUGCUUAAGGUCUUCAAAUCUGCACUUGAAAAGAAAAAAUGAGGAAAAAAACUAUUUUUAUUUUCUCCUUUGUUUUCUUUCCUUACGGGACUGGCUCUAUUUUUUGCUGCUCCCAACCUGUAAUUACAUAAUGAACUAAUUGCAUUUGGUAUGAUGAGGGAGAAGAGGAGCCGUCAAUGAAUGGUUUGGUAUGAAGAUGAAUAAUGUAAAAGUUUGACUUUGACAUUAAAACUUCAAAUACU